CCUUCGCAACGACGGCUCCGGGGCGUGCGAAGGGCCGCGGCAGGACGUUCUUAAGAUGACCGUCACACAUCCCUCGGGGCCAGGACCCGGCCAGGUCCUCUGGCCAGGUCCUGAGCGCGAAGUGUGACUCGACGCCCUCCCGCCCCGCCGCCCGCACGCACGCCGCCGCGAAGCGACUCCCCUUGGAACCUUUUUGAGCUGAAGAAAACCCCCAAACGCUGCCACGAUGCAGGCCGCCGGCCUCCUCAAGGAGAAGGCCACCCAUGAAACUGGCAACAAUAGCAACCGGGUCAAAACCCACCGGCCGAUGGCCAAGCCCGUCCUGGUGGCCACCAUCACGCAGGACGACUCCAACAUGGCCACCAUCAUCAAGGAGGCGAAGGACGGCAUGAGCUGGAUCACGGAGAACGUCAAGUUACCGAACGGGAAGAACGCCUGGGGUGGCAAAGCCGGAGACAAGAAGAAAGCAGCAGAGAACCAUCGGCGAUGGAUAAACAGAAACAAGGUCGGGGACACCGCGGGUGGAAAUCUGGAGAAGAACGCGGAUGGGAGAUACCGCCAGACAGGGGUCGUCAACAUCGUCCUUUACGUCGGCCUUGGACUUAUAGCUCUCGGCCUCAUCAUCACCUUCGUCGGCCUGGGAGAGCACGGCUUCAAGUCCCCGGAGCUUCGCCUGAUAGGUCCGAGUCUCAUAGGGUGUGGCUUCCUCUUCGCCCUCCUUAGACUUUUCUUCUGCUCUGCCCCCGCCUGCUGCACCUCCUGCAGGAAAGCUAAGCCGCUCGACGAGAAGUCUUUGCUCUCGCCAUCGAGGGAGACUCUGGCUGACGACUCCGUCGCGGACCCUCCUCAGCCGCAGCAGAACCAGCAGCCGCAGAAGGUACAGACGCAGCAGCCGCAGAGCCGCCGCCGACAUGACGAGGCCGCCGCAGCCGACGAGGACGACGCCAACGACGACGGAGUGCGCCAGUCGGCCCGCCGCAUGCCGACCAAAUCGGCGCUGCAGUCGUCGAUUCCCAACUACAUCGAGGACGAGUGCGAGGACGACGAGACCCUGGGCCUCAGCGUGGAGUACAUGGACGAGACCAGCUCGGUGCAGAAGGCGCCGCCGGACUCCCUGAGCGGCACGCGGCCCACGUCAGCCACCAGCCGCCUGUCCACGGCGUCGAAGGUCCCGCGCCUGCCCGAGAUCCACGCCGGCCGACGGAACAGCGAGCUCGUGUUGAACCCCGCGACGCUGGAGCCGACGGGAGAGUGAUCCGUCGACGAUCCGCCACCCCGAGGAACCUAGCGACAGCCGGGCUCGACCAGAAGUCUUUGUGAUAUUUUCCCUCAGUGAGUGACGAAAGCGGAAGUUCGGAAAACGGAAAAAAAUGAGGAAAAUAGAAGGAGCCUGUCAUCGGCAACUCGGUCUCGGCACAUUAAAGGUGUUGCGAAGUUGACCCGAGAGGGAGAGAGAGAAAGAAUGAAAGCGAAAGUGAAAACAAAGAAAUAUGUGGUGUUGUUGCUGCUGGGAAAGGGGGCACUGAGAAUGAGCCGACGAGCGGGUAUAUGCUGUGAUAAACUGACAAGUAUGAUGGACACACCCGCACUUCUGUUGGUUUGUGGGGCUCUCUGCGGGUGUUGCAGAUUCCUCCCCACACCCCUCCUCUCUCUCUCUCUCUCUCUCUUUCUCUCUCACUCUCACUCUUGGUGGGAAAAAAGGACCUAAACCAAAAGUGGACCCAGUUUCAGUAUCUAUCUAGAAAGGAAAAAUGAUAUAUAUACAUAUAUUACUGUGAUUGACUCAUUCAAAACCGUUAUUACUUGUGGUUUAACCUUUAGUUUAGUGUGCAUUACGACGAAAGUCAUUCUUUGGCAUCUAUACCCGGCUUGGACCCCGAGGGCAGACCCGGCUUCAACGGCUUCAGGCCCUCAAGGUCACAUGAGCCGAUAGAUCUGAAGGUCACUGAAGAUGAGAGAGGAAACAGAUCUCUUAGCAUUUUUACUAGUGCAGUGUAAUGAGUAUUUUGAUAUUGAGAUAUCAGUUUAGAGUUGAAUCAUUAGUUUUUUUUGUAUUCGAGAAUCAAGAUAAAGAUAUGAGUGUUCACAGAGUCGCACAUAAAAAAGAACUCACUUUUGUUGUCAGUAUUCCAGUCAUUACAAAAUUUAGCGAAAUUCACUCCAUAAGAAGUGCCUUCAUUGGCCUCUAAUAUGAUAACCUUGUAUACCUUUUUCUCAGUCGUGAUAAAUGCAAUUUGCAAACCACAAACCCAUGGCUGCAAAGUUUAUUUUUAUUGUUGGUUGUUACAGUAUUAUUAUGAUUAUUUCCGUAACGCAGCCAAAUAAUAUCACUCAACUGUUCAACUUCAGAUGACAUGUUUACUGAAUUUUGAAGAAUAAUCUGAAGCACUACGAGUGGUCAUGAUCCUUUGUCUAUGGGAAGUCACGAAGUUUUUCUUAUAU